AGAUGGGUCCACAAUAUUCUUCAAAAACGUCGAUUCUUCUAGCAAUAUUUGGAGCAAAUCUACUUUUAAAAAGAACAUUUGAUUCUAGAGAUAAUGUGGAUUUACUACAUAGAUCAGCAGAAUGUGUACAAGAAACAAUUGAACCCCUCAUGACAGGCGAUUUGUGGAAGUUUUGGGGUCGUUUUCCGUAUAUUGUGAACAAAUGCUCUCCAUCUCUGAAACGAAUAAAACUUGGAGAAUUUCCUAAUUCGGAUGAAUAUAAAUAUCAUUUUCUACCACUUCACAAACUUCCGAAUUGCUCGAUUAUUUCACUUGGAAUUGGAAAAGAUGUGAAAGCAGAAAAGAAAAUGAAAGCAUUAAUGCCCAGCUGUAACUUUUUUGGAGCUGAUCCGGUUGAUGAAGAUAACAAUGAACUUUUUUCAAGUUUUGGGAAAUUUUUCAAUAUGGCAGUUGGGGAUAGGAAUGGAAGUUUUCGAUCAUAUGUUCUGGAAGAAAUUUAUAGAUAUCAAGAAGUUUUGACAAUCGAUUUAGUUACGUUUAUUAAAGCAAAUGUCCGACAGCAAACAAUUGAUCAACUUAUGAUAGAUAUUGAACAUGCCGAGUAUCCCGUGUUCCCUUUCAUAGAGGAAAAGGGCCAGCUGGAAGAUAAUGGAAUUAUUGUUUGUCAGAUUAACAUUGAAAUCCACAGCCCCAUCGACGAAGAUCGUGAAACGUUUGCCAACUUUUUGAGAAAAAAUUUUGUGACUCAUCAGUGGAUAUUUAUAAACUCGGAAAUUCACCCAUACUUCAAACAUAUCAGACUCUUCAUGGUGAAUGGAAGAAACCGAGAAUGUCUGAAAAGAUAUUUUCUCAGUAGUGGAAAAAGUAGAAAUACAAGAAAAACAAGAGAAGUUCAUGUUGAAGAUCAUCUUUUUCAAUGAAUAUUUUAAUUUAGGAAAUAGGAAGUUUAAUUGAAAGUUUUUUAACCUCUUCUGUAAAUAAAGAUGCAUAUAAUAAUA